AUGAUCGCGCCCGCCAAGACCACCGCCGAGAAUGCGGCGCCUCUCUUCUCGGACGACUACGUGCUCGACUUUACGCCGCCGCCCGGCUCGGCGCCGCCCAAGUCCAAGUUUUACGGAAAGGAUCGCCGGUCUCCUCGAGUGGCAGACAGCGGCAAGACGACCGGCAAGCGCGUGAGCGACGUCCAAAAGUGGACGGUGGUGGGCGGCAAGGCCACCGCGUUCAAGGUGUGGCCGGGCGACUACGCCGCAGCGAACGACCUCUUCUGAGCCACCAGUACCGCCGCGGGAGGGAGGGCGGCAUCAGGGCCAUCCCAUCGCCUAAGGCUUCCUUCUCCUGCCCUUCUCGUUGGCCCGUCGGGACUGUCGACAAGCUCAGACACGCCACCCCACUCCCCACCCACGUCCACCCAAAAUGCAAUAAAUGGGCUUGAACGUUUCUUUGUCAACGCAUCUAUAC